GCUUCCUUCCCGGCCGCUGCCCCUGCGGCCGCUGCGGCGAGAGGAGCCGGAGCAGGCGAGGAGGCGGCGGCGAUGGCAGGGAAAGAGUUGGAGCGGUGCCAGCAGCAGGCGAAUGAGGUGACGGAAAUCAUGCUCAACAACUUUGACAAGGUUCUGGAGCGUGACGGGAAGCUGGCGGAGCUGGAGCAGCGUUCAGACCAACUCCUGGAUAUGAGCUCAGCCUUCAGCAAGACAACCAAGACCCUGGCCCAGAAGAAGCGCUGGGAGAACACCCGUUGCCGGAUCUACCUGGGGCUGGUGGUGGGUGGGGGCCUGCUCAUCAUCCUGAUUGUGUUGCUGGCCGUCUUUCUCCCAAAGAGCAGUGAGAACAGUAGUACCCCACAGGCCCAGGAUGCAGGCACUGCCUCAGGGCAUGGAGACUGACACAGCUGGGCCUGGGGAGAGGCUGAAUGUCGGCAUUGGUCCAUUCUGGUUUCCAGAGAACCCUGGUGUUUGCUCCCGUGUGAGCCACCCCAGUGAGCACUGAAAGGCAGCCCUGAUGUGUGCACCUCUGCAUCAUGCCACAGAUUGGCCCUUGAGGGCAGCCUGUUGUAUUGGCCACGCCAGGCCAGCCCCACCUGGAGCUCAGUAAAAGCUGCUGUUUGAUUAAAA